GAGCAAGUGGAUGAUGUGGGUUUUGUUCCUCAGCAUAAAUUUUAAGAAACAUAUGGCCUGAUGCUGCAUUGCUUUUCUCCAUGCCAAAUGUACAUCUAGAACAAGAGCUGGCAAUAGUGGGACAACAGCAGUCGUGUGUUCAGGCUUUUACCCAGGUUGUCAAGAUGUGGAAACAAGGCUGCAUAGGACAUAGGUGGUGUAUGGGCUAUAAGAGAAGGAUAGGGUAUUAUAUGGUCUACAAACAAGUGUACAUCAUGGAGCAUAAAACAGUCUAUAAAUGUUGUCCAGGAUGGACUAAAAAAGAUGAUGAACCUGGUUGCUUGCACUUGUUGUGCUCUGUAGGCACUUGCUUCAAUGGCAGGAAAUGCUCUGAAGGAGGAUCGCUGAUGUGCCAAUGUCCUGAGGGAUUUCAGGGUCCUCGGUGCCAGUAUGAUGUAAAUGAAUGUACCACUGAGAAUGGUGGAAGUCAGGAUCAAUGCUGCAAUACUAUUGGCAGCUAUUACUGCCGCUGUGCAGCUGGCCAGAAACUGGGGGAAGAUGGAAAAUCAUGUGAAGUGAUGGACCCCUGCACAAGUGGGAAUGGAGUAUGCUCACACAUCUGUCAAAAUGAGAGAGGAUUUGUAAUGUGUGAGUGCUAUCCUGGAUACUAUCUUUCUGCAGACAAAAAGUCCUGUGGAGACAUUGAUGAGUGUGCAGAAGAGAUAGCCAAGUGUGUUCAUCAUUGUGUCUAUGUCUGUAAUCCUGACUUUGACCUGGGCACUGAUGGAAAGCAGUGCUACCAUGGAGAAUUGAAGCACAGAGAGAAUAUGGCCCAAAAGAGCACCCUGUGGGAAAUGAACCAAAUGAAACCCAGACUUGGUAUCGAAAUGGAAAUUGUCAAUAGCUGUGAAAGCAACAAUGGUGGUUGCUCUCAUCACUGCCAACACUUGACAGAUUGCCCUGAUGGUCUGUGGGGAGUAGACUGUCAGUUCUUCUGUGAGCCCUGUGAGAAUGGAGGGGAAUGUAACAAAGAAAAUGGAAUCUGUGAUUGCCCCCUGGGAUACACUGGGAAGUCAUGUUACCUACAUAAGUUAUCAAACUGCACUAAUCAAUACAAAGACAGUCAAUAGAGAAAUCAUUGAUUUUACCUUCUAUUUUAUAAGAUAUUUGCUGUAUUAGGAUAUGCUAAUUAAAGUUUCAAAUGCAUUACAAAUUGACCAGGCUAGAUUAAUUAUGUCUGCCAGACAGAGAUUAGAAAGGAAUCCAAGUAGCCUAAACAGCUACACUAAAUAAACAUGGAACAAUCACACCUACUGAAUGGCAGGGUAUGUCUACACUGCAGAAUUUUUUCUGGAAAAAUGGCUGUUUUUCCUGAAAAACUACU